UGAGAGCAAGGCUUCGAGCUCGCAGCGCCCGACCCACGGGGAUGUCACCCGGCCACCCACGUCCCCGCGUCCCCCGGCUGCUGGCCCUGCUCCUCGUCGCGGCAGGCACCGCGGCCACCCGGCCCCGGCAGGUGAACGGCGUCCUGGGGGGGUCGGUGCUGCUCUCCCCGGCUCUGCCCCCCAACAAGACGGUGAAGGAGAUCGAGUGGAGCUUUUCAUCCGGCACCGGCACCACCAUCCAAGUAGCAGAAUUCGGCCCCGACGGCUUCGAGCGACCAGAUCCCAAGGACCGGUUCAAGGACCGGCUGGAGAUGGUCAACAAGACGGCGCUGAGGAUCGGGGUCCUGGAGCGGGGUGACAGCGGGGUCUACGGGGCUCGGCUUAAACUGCACCCGGCGCUGGUGGAGGAUCAGUCCUUCCACCUCUCCGUCUACGAACCGGUGCCGACACCAGAGAUCCAGCACCAGCAGCUCUCCCUCACUGCCCAAGGGUGCAACGUCACCCUGCGGUGCUGGGUGCCUCCUGGCAGCGGUGCCCAGGCCGCCUGGCAGCUCGGCAGCUCCGGCAGGACGCGGUGGGGACAGCUCUGCGAGGACGGCCGGUCGCUGUGCCUGGCCGUGCCCACGGGUGCCUUCAACUCCAGCUACACCUGCGUGGCCCGAAAUCCCGUCCAGGAGCGCGGCGUCUCCAUCCAAAUGGACGCCCUGUGCCGGCACCAGGGUAAAAUCCCCCCCACCCGCAGCACCCGGCUGGGGACGGGGUCCCGGCACCCACCACAGUUCGUCCCCGCAGAGACGGGCGGCUGGCAGUGGUGGCACGCGUGCCUGGCGCUGCUGCCCGUGGCGUUCACGCUCGGCAUCUGUCUGUGGAGGAAGAGGAGGAGGAGGAGGAGGAGGAAGAAAGCGGCCGAGGGAGCUCCGCCACGGAAUGCCAUGCCGAGGAGAACCCCCCCCGGGGGCGGCGGAGCAGCAGGAGCACCCCCCCACCAUCUACAGCCAGCUGCAGGCAGCCGGGCCCAGACGUUCGCCGAGCCCAUCGUAGCCGCAGGACGGGGAGCACCGAGCCCCCACGACACCGGGCAGGAGCGGGCACCGCACGCCGCCACGGGGUGACGGAACGCUCGUCUGGCCCCCGUGAUGUCUCCUCCUGCUCCCCCCCCUCCAUCGCUGCUCCGUGUGUGUCCCCCCCCACCGCUGUUGGGGAGCAGAGCAGGACUCGGGGGGGGGGGGCGGGCAGCGAGCAGCGUCCCUGGGGGCUGCCACAUCCCCUUUCCCCAGACCCAAGAGCAGCCCUGCGGGGAAGGGGGGUGUGGG